AAGGAAAACAUUAAUAUGGAAUAUGGAUAUUUAUACCUUUACGCUCGGGCACAGGAUAAUAUUAAUCUAAAUUUUAUGUCCGCAAAAUAUCAUGGUGCAUCAGAGGGCGUGGUAUAUUCACCAGCAAAUGGUAGACAUUUCGAAGAAGGCGAAAUCUUACGAAAAGAUAAGCUCUCUACGAAAAUGAGCCGCAGUAUGCAAAUGCUAGAUAUUCAAAAUGAGGAAGUUUCUUCAGAGAGCGUCGACCAAGUAGAUUCAACAGAAGAUGGGCCUGACAAGUACGUGACGGACGGUAACGAUCAACGUUCUUCAAUGAAAAGAUGGAAAUUCGCUUCUUCCAAGACCUUUCGGCAUAGUAUGCUUCGAUUUUUAGAUGUAAUCACCCUAAUGUUUGGUGGACCUGACAAGUACGUGACGGACGAUAUCGAUCAACGUUCUUCACUGAAAAGAUCAAAAUUCCCUUCUUCCAAGGCCCUUCGGCAUAAUAUGCUUCGACUUUUAGUUGUAAUCACGGUGUUUGGUGCUUGCAGUGGAUGCACACUACCAGAUAUGAAUGCUAGUAUAACAAGUUGUGUUAUAUUAAACUGUUCUGUCGGAACAUUAACCUGGUCGUACAUUCCCUCAGAUGUUGAGAAUGAAAUAAUAUUAUCUACCUCGAAACGAAUGAUAGCCAAAUGGAAUAUUAAUGGUGAUCUUAUACAAACAAUCAAUGACGAGAGAAUGCGAUUUAAUAGAUCCGUGUCAAAUGGUAUAGAAAGCAUUUCAUUAACCAUUUUCAACCCCAUCCCUUUCGAGAGAUCUAAUGUAACGUAUAUUAUUACGAUUGUUUCAAGUAAUGGCAGCCAACUAAGACAAGCAAGCGCUGUACUCAGUGAAAAGUCUACAGUGCCAACAACUAAGGUGACUGACACAACAAGAACGCCUACAGCUUAUAACACAAGAAUUGAUAUUGUACCAACUGUAGUACUAUCAGUCAUAGUUUUAUUACUGGGUGGUGUAGUUGGUGUAAGUUUCUUACGUUGUAUACGAAGGCGUAUAAGAUCAGUUGAAGACUCUACAGACGAAACAACGCCCGCAUUGGUGCCUCCCACUUAGUGGUCUCUGUUGACACUUCAUUAUGCUUCAAAUAUUUUAAUUAUACAUAUAUAUGAUAAUACUUCAAAGAUGCAUUAUGCUCGUCGUUCUAUAAUAUAUAGUUUAAACAGAUAAUGAAAAAUGAAUAUAUUGUAAAUUUCAGACAAAUUACUUUAUUCUGAGCGAAAUUGUGAGACUUGACAACACCAUGGACCGUGUAUAGAUGGACAGGCAACGUCCACGAAGCCUUUAGAAUUCUGUGCUGCGGCAAAAAGUAGACCGGUCAAUCGUGACUAAAAUAAAAUUACCUCCCCUCGCGCAAUUACGAGUAUUAAGUUUAAAAAAAAAGAAACAGAAAUCAAUUCAGAAUAUUUUUAUUAAUCUUGCUACUGCAUAUUGGGUAAUUAUAUUGACUCCAGUUAAUCCACAUUAAAGUAUCACGUUUCGCUAUAGAUUACUGAUAAAAUUAAAACACCCUAAUGUUAUAUCCAUUAA